GGUAUUCAGAUUAUCAGAAACCGGAAGAACAGAUCUCUUGCUCUCUCUCAAACAACCUACAUAGACAAAGUCUUAGAGAGAUUCUUCAUGAACAAUGCCAAUGGGGCAAACAUGCCUUCUAGAUAUGGUAUUCGUCUAUCUAAGGAACAGUCACCGACUGAUCCUCAAGAGAUAGAGGACAUGGCGAAUAUUCCCUAUGCCUCUGCAGUUGGAAGUCUAAUGUAUGCAAUGUUAUGCACUAGACCUGACAUCUGUUAUGCUGUUGGAAUCGUGAGCAGGUAUCAGUCUAAUCCAGGACAAGAACAUUGGAAUGCAGUUAAGUAUAUUCUGAAAUACUUAAAGAGUACAAGGAAUCUUGUGUUAGUCUACAAGGGUGGUGCUUUAAAUCCCAUAGGCUACACUGAUUCAGAUUUCCAGGCAAGUCUUGAAGACAGGAAAUCUACAUCUGGGAUGGUGUUUACUCUUGGGGGUGGAGCAGUGGUUUGGAGAAGUGCUAAACAAACAACGAUAUCGGACUCAACUAUGGAAGCUGAAUACAUAGAUGCAGCCGAAGCUGCUAAAGAA